AUGCCCUUGUCAACUCAGUCACAGGCAGGAGAUGAGCAGUAUGUCCUGGUCGCCAGUUUGGACAAUGUCAGAAAUCUGUCCAAUAUCCUGAAAGCCAUCACCUUCCGAGAGCACGCUAUAUUUAACGCCACAAAGAAUGGCCUGAAAGUCACAGUCGAGGACUCCAAGUGUUUGCAAGCAAAUGCAUUUAUUCAGGCUGAUAUAUUUCAAGAAUUCACCAUUAAAGAGGACUCAGUGGGGUUUCAGGUUAACCUGACUGUACUUUUGGAUUGUCUGACCAUCUUUGGUGGAAGCACAGUACCAGGAGUGAGCACAGCACUGAAGAUGUGCUAUAAUGGCUAUGGUUACCCACUUACUCUGUUCUUGGAGGAGGGUGGAGUGGUGACAGUGUGCAAAAUUAACACCCAGGAACCAGAAGAGCCUUUAGAUUUUGACUUCUGCAGUACCAAUGUAACCAACAAAGUCAUUCUGCAGUCAGACAGUCUGAAAGAAGCCUUUUCUGAACUGGACAUGACCAGUGAGAUCCUUCAAAUCACCAUGUCGCCCAGUCAGCCCUACUUCAGGUUGUCAACAUUUGGGAAUUCUGGGAAUGCUCAUUAUGAUUAUCCCAAAGACUCAGACAUGAUGGAGCUGUUUCAGUGUACCAAGACUCAAACUAACAGGUACAAGAUGUCUCUGCUGAAGCCUUCCACCAAAGCCCUGGCCCUGUCCUGCAAAGUCUCCGUGAGAACGGACAGCAGAGGCUUCCUCUCCCUCCAGUACCUGGUCAGGAACGAUGAGGGACAGAUCUGUUUUGUGGAGUAUUACUGCUGUCCAGAUGAAGAGGUUGAGGAGGAAUAACAUGGGCAUGUUCAAGCCAUUCUUCUGUUUAAAAAUAUUGCAAACAUUGCUGUCAGCAGUUCAAAAGUAAAAAAGGACUAUUUAUUUCACUGUAAGUUUUUGCAGCGUUUAAGAUGCCUGAUUAAGGCCUUGAUGUGUAAUCAUUUAAACUUGGGUUCCCUAAAUCCAGUUUUUGGGGUCUGCAGUUAUGCCUUUGGUCUUCAUGUUGUUUUACCUCGAAAAAACAAAUGUACGUACCCUUCUGCCAACCCAAGCACAGAGUGGCUGGUAGGAAUGAAGUUUGGCCCCCCAGGAUUGUAUAUGGCCAGCUGUGAUUUAGGCCAAGCAUUUACUUGACCUUGGCACAGUGUUUCACCCAUUCUGUGUAUUUUAUUUCUGUUUAAAUUAAGGAGAUAUAAGUCCACUGAAGUUCUCCUUGUGUUCAUAAUUGUUGAUCAUACAUAUUGUUUCUCUGACAGCAAAUGCUAGUGAAGCUGGAAAAGUGAUCUGAUUUCCUUUUGAAGUGAUUUGUUCAGAU